UGUUGAGUCAUUUACUUCUGCAGAACAUUAUUCUCAUACUUUUGUUCUUAUUGAAAAUAAGCUUUAUUUUUUUAGCGGAGACGAAGAAUUUUAUUCAAAUGAAGUGUUCUAUCUCGAUUUAUCUCAACAAUUUUAUGCAGAAUAUCCAUCAUGA